AUGGAAGAAAGAAGUAUUCUGGUCCCCCAGGUUCAGCCACAACUGUCUGCUUCGUUGCUUCCAGAAUGCCUCCAGAGCCUACUUGUUGAUAAGCUAUUGAUUGCUCUGGUGUUGCUCUUUGUUCCAAUGGAUGAUUGCAUUGCGACACUUGGCGACUUUCUCCUGAACGCUUUGGUUCGCAUCUUCCUCCCAUCUAGCUUUAACCAGGGUCGAAGAAGGUUAGUAUGGGUCUGUGAUCGGAUCCUUCGAACCACAGAUACUCACAAGAUCAAGGGGUUGAUUCUCUAA